CCUUUUCAGACAAUUAAAUGUAGGAACAGAAAAAUACGCAUCGCGCUCUGUCUCCUCGGGUGGAUGGUGCGAAAGCCGAAGCCCAAGGAUUUCUUUUUCUUUUUUAAACAUGUUCGCUCUCGCUCUCCCUCAUGUUCUGUUGAUGCGGAUUUCUUCCCGGAAUCUGGUUUCUGGACAUCGGAUCUCGAGGUCAGGACCUUUCUCUCUCUUUCUCCUCGAUUGGCGGAGAAAUGAUGUGGUUUAGCUCGAAUAGGAGUGAUACCGAGGCAGAUGGACGAAUCAGGCGGUGAUCUUCCUGUCGGAGGAAGCCGGAUUUUAGGAGAUAUUGUUUUUCUUGUUUGAAUAUUUUCUUGUUAGGUUUUGAAUCCUCCGUUCAACAUGGAGGAUCAGACGGAGGAUGAUUUCUUCGAUAACCUGUCUGUAAAACCCGUUGAUAGAAGUGAUUCUGAUAGCACGAGGGCCUUAGGUGAUCUUAGCAUUGAUGAUGAUUCUGGUGGCCAGGAACGGAUGCAGCAAGAGAAAGAGAUUAGCGAUUCAUUAGAUAGGAACGAGGCGAGUUUACCGGCUUCAAGGAUUGAUGAGAAUGGUGAAGCUCUCUUGGUAGAAUCUCACUUGUCGGAUCCAUCAAAAGAAUUGGCACAAGAGAGUAACAGUGUGAUGGAGCUGCGAAAAGAAGAGCCAGGAUUGGAGGCUGAAGCGCUACUGAGAUCUUAUUCAACAGGAGGUAGCAGUACUAAUGGAUCCGGGGGUUCUGGGGUCAAGGAGGUGGGCUGGAACUCGUUUUAUGCCAACUCCAUGGAUAAUUCUGGACAUGGUGGAUUGGAUUUCUUCAGUGAGUUGGGAAAUAAUGCUGCAGAUUUUCCUGGAAAUAUGGAGGAUGAUGCAAAUUGUGGAGGCAAUACUGCAACAGGAACCACACAAGCUAAAGAUACUGGUUCAAAUAACCCGAUUAACUAUGGAAAAUAUCAUGAAAAUCAACUGGAUGGAGUUCAAACUACUAAUGGGCAGGAUUCCAGUGACAAUCAGUAUUGGGAGAACAUGUAUCCUGGGUGGAAAUAUGAUCCAGCCACUGGACAAUGGUAUCAGGUAAAUAACCAUGAAGAGAGCAUGAAUUCACUACAGAGCAACGGUAAUUCGACUACUGCCUGGGGUGAGGCUUUCGACGGGAAGACGGAGGUUGCUUACUUAAGGCAAAGCAGUCAAUCCGCUGUGAGUGCAAUAGCUGAGACUAGCACAACAGAGAGAAUCUCUAAUUGGAAUCAGGACCCCCAAACGAAUAGUGGCUACCCAGACCACAUGAUUUUUGAUCCUCAAUACCCAGGCUGGUACUACGACACAAUUGCUCAAGAAUGGCGUACAUUGGAUAGCUACAAUGCAUCGUCUCAAUCAUCAGAGCAAGUUCAUGACCUCAAAAGUCAAAAUGGGUAUAGUUCUGUUUAUGGGUAUUCUAAUGAUGUCGCAAACACCAUGCUUAGUGAAAAUGGGCAGACUGAUAAACUUUCUUCAAACAAAUUUGGUAGCCAAGGUCAACAUGUCAGCUGGAGUAACUAUAACGAAAUCCACAAUGAUCAGAUCACUAAUUCUCGGCAGCCUGAAAUUCCAGCUAAGGCUGAGACAGUUGCGUCGGCGGUGGCUUCUGGUUUUUGUGGAAAACAGCAAGUAGAUAACUUUUACAGUUCUAAUGGUCUCGUUGACAACCUCUCUUUCGAACAUAUGUCCAGAUAUCAUUCAACUGACAAAGCAGGUCAAGGGCAUUUUCAGACAAAUGGCGUGGAUGGGACUCAAAACUUUGUUCCUGAUACGAAUUUUAACUUGCAAUUCGAUGUGACAAAUAUGAAACAUGCUGGGCAAAUGGGUUUCUCAACCGAUUUCUGUGGGAGUCAACUAUCUUCAAAUGUACCUCAUCAAUCAUUUCAGACCAUUCAACAAUUUCCUUAUGAUCUCAGUUCUGGAAGAUCACCGGAUGGGCGUCCACCACAUGGCAUUGUUACUUUUGGGUUUGGUGGAAAACUAAUAUUGAUGAAAGAUAAUAGUUCAUCAAUUGGAAGCCAGACUUCUGGCAGAAACGCUAUAUCUGUCUUGAAUGUGACUGAGGCUGUUUCUGGAAGUGACAAUUUACCAGGGACUUCCAAUUACUUCAGUACCGUAUGCCAUCAAUCAUUUCCAGGUCCAUUGGCUGGUGGAAGCGUGGGCAGCAAAGACUUGCAUAAGUGGAUCAAUGAAAGGAUGUCAAGUUUUGAAUCUCUUGGCCCAGAUCAUGGGAAAGGAAAAUUACUAAAGUUGCUACUUUCUCUACUCAAGAUAGCUUGUCAGCACUAUGGAAAACUUCGAUCUCCUUUUGGCACCAACACAACUAUGAGGGAGUCUAAUACUCCAGAAUCAGCUGUGGCUAAACUGUUUGCAUCGGCCAAGAAGAAAGGCACGGAGUACAGCAUGUAUGCUUCUCUUAGUCAUUGUUUGCGGCAUAUGCCGCCAGAGAAACAGCUGCAGACAACUGCUUCAGAAGUGCAGAAUCUUUUGGUUUCUGGUAGAAAGAUGGAGGCCCUGCAAUGUGCCCAAGAAGGCCAGUUAUGGGGGCUUGCUCUUAUCAUUGCAGCUCAACUCGGAGAACAGUUUUAUGCCGACACCGUGAAGCAAAUGGCACUUUGCCAGCUAACAGCUGGAUCGCCUCUCAGAACGUUAUGCCUACUCGUUGCUGGACAACCGGCUGAAGUUUUCUCCAGCAACAAUGCGAGUGAUGGACUUGAUGGCUCUACAAUUAUGUCUCAUCAAAAUCAGAAUGGAUGUAGUAGCAUGCUUGACGACUGGGAAGAGAAUUUGGCUGUGAUAACAGCAAAUAGAACGAAGGAUGAUGAGCUUGUGAUUACUCAUCUAGGAGAUUGCUUGUGGAAGGAUAGAAGUGAGGUCAUUGCGGCUCAUAUUUGCUACAUUAUUGCGGAGAUGAACUUUGAGCCAUAUUCAGAUACUUCAAGACUCUGUUUAAUUGGAGCAGAUCACUGGAAUUUCCCUCGAACAUAUGCCAGUCCAGAGGCUAUUCAGAGGACGGAAUUAUACGAAUACUCAAAGGUGCUAGGGAACUCGCAGUACAUGCUCCUUUCUUUCCAGCCUUACAAGAUCAUUUAUGCGCAUAUGCUGGCAGAGAUCGGAAAACUCUCAGAUGCAAUGAAGUACUGUCAAGCAGUGCAAAAGAUUCUUAAAACCGGUCGAGCACCUGAAGUGGACAUGUGGAAACAGCUGGUGUCCUCCCUCGAAGAGAGGAUCCGUAUCCAUCAACAGGGCGGGUUUACAAAUCUGGCCCCUGCUAAAUUGGUUGGUAAACUGCUCAACUUCUUUGAUAGCACUGCCCAUCGUGUGGUUGGUGGUCUACCCCCACCUGCACCAACAUCUCAGGGAAACACACAGGCCAACGGGCAGAAUCACCAUCAAGGCACAGGCAGAGUUUUGACUAGUCAGUCAACAAUGACCAUGUCCUCGCUCAUGCCAUCUGCUGGUGAUGGAAGCAAAAUGACGAUGCAUAAUCGCAGUGUUUCCGAACCAGACUUCAGUAGGACACCGAGACAGGUUGAUUCAUCAACGAAAGAGUCCUCAGGUGAUGCACAAGGGAAAGACUCAGGUUUAUCCCGGUUUGGUCGUUUUGGUUUUCUGCAAAAGACGGUGGAUUUAGUCCGAUGGUCAAGAGGCCGCCAGGCCAAACUGGGUGAAGAGAACAAAUUCUACUAUAACGAAAAGCUCAAGAGGUGGGUGGAGAAAGGGGCUGAGCUUCCAGCCGAUGAACCGUCUCUGGCACCACCUCCUACCACUGCGGCUUUCCAAAAUGGAAACUCUGAUUUUGGUGGCAUGAGAUCUGCAACGAGGGAAAUGUCACCAAUUACCCCCAUCCCGAGCAGCUCAAACCACUUUUCAGCCCGUGGAAGAACGGGCCUGCGGGCGAGGUACGUGGACACUUUCAACCAAGGUCGGCCAAAGGCAGAAGCGAGCACCACCUUCAGGUCACCAGCCGUCAAACCUCCUCUGGCCUCAAACACAAAUUUCUUCAUCCCAACGACACCCAUUUGUACCGAGGAACAGAAUGCCCCAUCCAGCCUCGACGAAAAAACUCCAGACAGUUACAACUCCUUCCAGACCACGGCUAUGAAGCAAUUCCCGAGCAUGGACAACAUUAGAGGCAGUCAACUGUCGGGUCAUUCGAGAAAAACCGUUUCCUGGGGCGGAAGCUUUGAUGUUAUGGCUGGGUCAGGCCCAAGACCUCUUGGCGAAGUUCUCGGGCUUCCUCACUCUGCCUACAUGCAAGGUCCCCUUACCAACAAUGCCCUCGGAGACGAACUUCAGGAGGUUGAGCUCUGAAAUGCGUAACAAUUCUCGGAAGGAGGUGUAAAUAUUCAGCAACCGACCCUUCUUUCCUACGCAAAGGCGAAAGCUCUCUACAGAGAUUCUCCCGGCAAAUGAAACCAGAUUUGUCCAGAAACCACCUCGGUGAGCUCUGCAACUCCGCGUGAUUCUCAAAAUUAGUUUUUAAAAUCUUAUUGUCAGUUCCACAGUUGAAGAGGAAAUAGGGAAUAGGGUUAGGCAACAAAGAAAACAAGUAUACCCUUUGUGCAGUUCACAUUUAUUCAUUAUUUUCAAAGCCCAAUAGUUACAAACAAAGAGCAUGGUCCGAGGCUGAGAUAAGAGCACAAAGAGGAGGAUUGUGUGUGUGUGUGUGUGUGUAUAUAUAUACAUUACUAUCGGAGUCAUCGAGGAAGAUUGGAAAAUAGGAUUAUAGUUAUGUGAGAAUUUAGGAUACAGGGGCUUGUCCAUGUAUUUUGACUAUAAUAUUAUUGUGAUGGUGAUCAAUUAUAUUUCAGUUACGCGUUGUCUCAA